UUUCCUCUCUCUGAAAUCAAUAAAGAUUUUUUUUUUUAAAAAAACUCUUUGGGAGGCUUCUAAGUGAAACCCUCAUUUUGGAAUCACCACCUUGGUGAGUUAUUUGUUCAUGAUUAUGUAUUUCUUAUGGGUUGGGGCAGGAAAAUAUUGAGAACCACAGAUUUAGCGCUUUGGUUUUUAGGAUUCUUCUUGAAUUUGACUUCCAUUGAUGUUAGAUUUUAGGAUGUACUUAGCAUACAUGUAUAUCUGAGAAAUCCGCCCCAUAUAUAUACUUUGGAGACAUGUCUGAGGUUUUAUAGGAAACCUCAGAAAAGUGAAUGGAUGAGUCUUGCCAGCAUUCAUCAGUCUUGGGAAUUUCAAAGCACUUUUCUCAUGUAGCAACAGAGAGUGACCCAUGCUAAGUUUUCCCACUGGGUGUUAGGAAGACCUAACACCUGUUAGGUUAGGUCCUGCCAAAACAGCUUAAGUUAGAAGUGGGGAUUCUGUAAAAGAUAGUCCCAAAGGUAAGGUAAUUUUUAAAAAGAUAUAUUUCAGUGUAACAUCUUAUACUUGUCUUUUUGGGUGUGCUUAAUGUCUUUUUAGCAAGUAUUACGUAGAAAGUACUCUUAAUUCUAAAUGUCCAUCCUCAUCUCGAGCUUUUAUAUCCAUUUGGAUAUUUCAGUGCCUCCAGAAAGAGUUGAGAAGAUAAUGGAUCAGAUUGAAAAGUACAUCAUGACUCGCCUCUAUAAGUAUGUGUUCUGCCCAGAAACCACUGAUGAUGAGAAGAAAGAUCUUGCUAUUCAAAAGAGGAUCAGGGCCCUGCACUGGGUUACACCUCAGAUGCUUUGUGUCCCUGUUAACGAAGAAAUUCCAGAAGUGUCUGACAUGGUGGUGAAAGCAAUCACAGAUAUUAUUGAAAUGGACUCGAAGCGUGUGCCCAGAGAUAAGUUGGCUUGCAUCACCAAGUGCAGCAAGCACAUCUUCAAUGCCAUCAAGAUCACCAAGAAUGAGCCAGCUUCAGCCGAUGACUUCUUACCCACUCUCAUCUACAUUGUUUUGAAGGGUAACCCCCCACGCCUUCAGUCUAAUAUUCAGUAUAUCACCCGCUUCUGCAACCCAAGCCGAUUGAUGACUGGAGAGGAUGGCUACUAUUUCACCAAUCUGUGCUGUGCUGUGGCUUUUAUUGAGAAGUUAGACGCGCAGUCUUUGAAUUUAAGUCAGGAAGACUUUGAUCGAUACAUGUCUGGCCAGACUUCUCCCAGAAAGCAAGAAUCUGAGAAUUGGUCUCCUGAUGCUUGUUUAGGUGUUAAGCAAAUGUAUAAGAAUUUGGAUCUCCUGUCUCAAUUGAAUGAACGACAGGAAAGGAUUAUGAAUGAAGCCAAGAAACUUGAAAAAGACCUAAUAGACUGGACGGAUGGAAUUGCAAAAAAGGUUCAAGACAUUGUUGAGAAAUGUCCACUUGAAAUUAAGCCCCCAAAUCAGCCUUUAGCAGCUAUUGACUCUGAAAAUGUUGAAAAUGAUAAACUUCCUCCACCCUUGCAACCUCAAGUCUACGCAGGAUGAGAAAAAUGUACCUGGAGAGUAUUUAUUUGAGCCUGAAGUGUAGCUAGCCGUCACUACACGCAGUCCCCUGAUUGAGAUGUAGACUAUAACUUCAUUGCUUACAAGGGUCAGAGCAUUUUUAAAGGUACAGUUUGUGGGGAUUGUUUUUGUUUUGUUUUCCUGGCCGGGGAAGCUUAGUAAAUAAUAAAGUACUAUUUAUUUGAGUUACUGAAAUAGAUUCAUUUAAGGCUUGUGUGCAGAUUUGUUUAAAUCUAUUUUUUCUCCACGAUUAUCCUUUGUGCUUCCUUGUGGUAUUCAGUGUGGUUUAGAUUUGGGUAAAUAAUUGCCUCUUAAAGGGUUAAAACAAAUGAACGCUACAAAGUGUAUCUUUAAGGGAAUUCAAUGGUACCACUAUUCUAUAAUUUGAAAUAAUUUUAUAAUUGUAAAGAUAGAAGAUAUAUUGAUAAGUAUAUAAAAUUGUAAAUAUGUAAAAAAAAAAAAAAGGAAUGGUGUGUGCUGUGCAUGGCAUUUCAUGUGUUCCUUUCUUUAGUUUAAAAUGUUAUGUUGAAUGUUUGCCUUUAACGCCAUUUUACUUGGUUUGCCCCACUAAAGUGAAUGUUUAGACAUACUCUCCUUAAAUGUUAACUCCAUCUUUAACAUUAUGGUAACCCUGACUCUGAGGUACUGUAAAGUCAGGGACUAUGACACCAUUGAGGUUCAGGAUAACUUUAAGUCACAUAAAGUCACUGUUCAGUAUAGCCAAUUGAAGACUGAACCAUGCUUCUCACACCUCUUUCCUCUAUCCAUUCAGCAAAUAUUUAUUAGCAAUUUGAAGUGAAGGAGAGCUUGCUCUGGUCAAAGGACUGAGGGGUGAACGGGACUCUGCUGGUGAGAGCUGAUGGGGAACCCUCAGAGCUGAGAAGUGCAGGUGGUACCUUUUGCCUCCAUAGUGUACUUUUGACUUUAUGGACAACCCAGACAUGUGUCAUAUAAACCUCUUUUUGGGAUUUUCAACCUCAGUGACAUUUGGGACUGAGAGGUUUUUGUUGUGGGGCUGCAACAUCCCUAACCUCCUAACCUCUAUACCCACCAGAUGCUAGUAGCACCCCCCACAGUUGUGAAAAAUCAUCUUCAGACAUUGCCAAGUGUUACCGGGGCUGGGGGGGAAGGGGCGGGACAGAAUUACCCCCCGUUAAGAACCAUUGAUCUAUGUUGGCAAGCAAGGGAGUUCUCCCGGUGGUUUAAUGUAAUAUAACGAAAGAAGACUGCAUUAAAUGCACCGUAUUAAUGUUAACCAAUCUCUUUCAAUGAGGCUUUGCAGCCACCGUCAGUGCAGAACUUUUCCUAAUAAUAAUGGAACCUUUCAUAACCUAAAUAUGUCAUUUAUGAUCCUCCUUCCCAUCAGUGACUUCUACAGAUUACCAGUGUGCCUAUGAAAUUGUGAGGAAUUCCCAGGGCAUCAUUCUCAAACAAGGUCACAUCACACAAGCAAUAAAGUUUCCUUUGCUUUCCCAAUAUCUUGCUAGUAGUGUACCACAAAUGUGCAGUGCAGUGAUUUUGGAAUAAAACGGUAACCAUAAAACUUUUUUAUCCUUAAAUUUACAUAUAAGAUUCAUCAAAUUGACACAAAGCACUGAAGAUGUGAGUCAGCUGAUCACCAAGUUCAUGUGGAAUGUUAUGAGUUACUAUCAAAUACCAAUGAGAACUUGCUCUUAGAAUCUGCUUUUAGAAACUUGGGCCCAAACAAUUUUCAUGGAAAGCUUAUCCCUCUUUUCCUUUUUUUAUUUUCUAUAUACUUUCUAGGUGCUAAUCCAGAUAUGCACCCUCUUAAUUCUCCUAGGAAUAUAGAAUUCUUUUAGUCAUUGUACAUUAUGCCUGUUAAAUAAAAUGUGCAUAUCAGCUUCCCACUAAA